AUGGCGUCCAAUCCUCCUUCAACGACGCCAGCAUCGUCAAGACUUGCUCCAGUCAAAUUUGGCUAUCUUCUUCGUCAUAUUCGAAACUUUCCCCGGCGAGUCUUGCACCCGCCGUCUGUCGAGACUGUGCCCAAGGUUGGCACCGUGCGUUCAUUCAGGCUCACUCCAUGCUAUCGCAUCCAACUCCAGGAUGUAAUUGCUGGACGCCAUCUCCCGCCAUUGGGCCGCAAGGAAUUCGAAGAUUUUCUCUACUUUAAGGAGCAUUCAGAAGAGAAUCUUUACUUCUACGUCUGGCUUGCAGAUUAUGAAGCGCAAUGGAGCGCCUGGGCUAACUCUGUCCAAAACACUGGCAGCGAUGCACAACCCAGUGGACGGUUGGCCAUGAGCUAUUCCCGUGCCAAAGAGACAUUUUUCACGGCUGGCUCACUCUGGGAACUCAACCUGCCCCAAAGGACCGUUCAGCAGCUCUUGCACGACACCCACCCGGGACCGAAAGUCCAUCCAAAUCCUUCCGCAUUUGCAGGUGUACGUUUCGAAGUCGAAAAUUAUCUCAAUGAGAGUCUUACAAGGUUCAUAGUCCAAAACGGUGGAAACGCCGGUCGUGACCGAGGAAUACUCGCCAUAGUCAUUGGACUUAUUAAGAUUGGAAUCGGUCUAUUGCCCAUUAUACUCACGUCACUGGCUGCCAAGGACGGCUCUCGACACCACUCGUGGAACCAGCGACUCAACAGGCUCGCAUCGAUCCCUCCUCUCUGGUUAGGCUUCGCCACACUCAUCGCCGGUCUUCAUGGCGUGUGUGUCGUAAUCUUUUUGUUUGGCGACGCUCGCCAACUGUACCCAUAUGAACUCAGGCGGCCAAACAUUUCCAGUCCCAUCGCGUGUAAACCCGACAUCGCAGUCAACCCGAACCUGGCAGCGAAUAGUGAACAUGAAACACGGCGGAACGAAGAGGGCGGCCGAAGAACAAGUGGCGUUGCUGUCACCCUCUUCCCAACAAAACACCGCGAUGCAAAAACCGAAUUCAUCCAGCUGCCGGUCACGCCGACGACCGCCGCUUCUCAAGACGAGCGUUCCCCAGCCGGGCAUAUUCGUACCGCGACAACGGUGACUGUAACAGACUCGGUACUGGAAAACGACGAUAUCAAACUACCAGAAUACGAGCAAGAUAUUCAACUCGUCCAGCAACGGUCUUCGUCACGUGGAGACGGCGAUGGAUCGAGCUUGGGACACGAUGUAUUCCCACUUGAAUAUGCAACCAAAAGUCCUGAAACGGCAACGUUUCGGUCGCCCAAUUCCGCUGUCACAAGCACCUAUACCAGCCCAAUGUACCCAGAUCCAGCGCUCUACUUUGACUUUGAUGCGCUCCCCAUCCCGCCGGGGAUGCAGGGGCCCGACUGGAAAUCAACCGCAUUUCCGACAAAUGCUCACUACGCGGGCUCUCAAAAUACGCCCUCACUUUCCUCGGCUGCGAAUACCAGUAGUACUGAGAGAUUAAGUGGGUGGAAGCGCAAAGUACAGGCGCUCAAGAACUGGGAAUGGAACAAGGAACGCACCGUCUUUGCCCCGCUCACCAUCGUCCUCGACCCAAUCGUCACCCGUACGCAGUGGGAGAUUGUCAUGCGCAGUUGUCUCCUUGCACUGGUGAUCAGUAUCGGGAUCGCAUGUGCCAGCCUGGCCAUUCCUUGA